GCCGCCCGCGGCCUACGUGGCCGCGCCUCCGCCUCCGCUCCCGCCGCGCCGACGUGUCAGCUUCCCGUCCACUCCCCAUUCCCCCUAUUACUUGGCUCCGCCGGCAACUAUUCGCCCCCGCACUAAAUCCGCGGCCGUUUCCUCUCGCGCGGUGGUCAUGGCGGCGCAGGGGUCCCUAUUCGCGUGGAGGGCGGUGUUCGCAGCGCUGGGCGUGCUCAUGGUGGGCACGCUGGUGUACACCUGCGCCACCGACGGCUCGCCGUUCCGCCCCGAGCUGCUUACGCCAUGGAUGGUGGCAACACUGGUGGAUUUUUAUGUGAAUGUAAUUGCAAUCUCGGCAUGGGUUAUCUACAAGGAAGCAAGCUGGGUUAGUUCUGCUGCGUGGGUGGUUCUGUUGUUUUGCUUUGGCAGUGCUGCUACUUGCGCUUAUAUUGUUACGAAGCUUUUUGAAGUAACACCUGCAGGACCAUCCCAAGUUCCACUUGAUCUUCUGUUUAUCAGGCAAGGUAACCUAUCCCAGAGAAAAUGCUCUUAUGUCAUAAUUGGAAGGGUUAUUUUCAGCAUUUUGGGGAUAUUCAUGGCUACCGUUGUCAUAUAUACUGUUAUCACUGAUGGACUUCCUUUUAGAAAGGAAUUGUUGACACCGUGGAUGGCAGCAACCUUAAUUGAUUUCUACAUUAAUAUCUUUGCAAUAUCGGUUUGGGUUUCUCACAAGGAAUCAUCUUGGAUAUCAACUACCAUUUGGAUUGUCUUGUUGAUAUGCUUCGGAAGCAUCACUACAUGUGGAUACAUUGUCCUCCAACUUCUCCAAGUAUCAUAUCAAGACCCAAUCUACUACGUGCUAUUGAACUCUCAUAGCAAGUAUGGAAUUGCGACUUCCCUAUAAUCCUUCAUCUUCUAUGAGCCUGGUUAGCUUACAGCUAUCUAAACUUCUGCUUGAAAUGUAGGAAGAUUUGAAAAUUCAUUGAAGUAUUAUGUUCAGACUGGUCCGUAAUAAUAUAAAUGUUCCCUUCUAUCUAUAUGUAAAGGUACCACAACUAAGGGUGUAUCAGGAUAGCAAUUAGAGAAGUCCCUUUAGUUGAGGGAAAUGAUGACUUUGCCAACUUCUCUGCAAAAUGAACUGAAAGCUGAAUCUCUGUUAUUGUACUUCUGAUUCAAUUGCUUGGACAGUGAUCUUUUCUUUC